CCGCCUGCUCCUGCCGUAUAGUGCAUGUUAGUGUAUGUGAGUGUGCCCCACUGGUUAACUCAUGGCCGCCGCUCUGCACUGUGCUCAUAGGGGAUUCCCCAAAAACUUGGUAUUUCACCCGGAGGCGUUGUCUGACGUCCUGCGUCAGACACCAUCAACGCUGCAGCAUAGCGCCCAGGUAAGUUUAUUAGCUCUGUCAGCACUGCGGGUUCGUCAUUAUGUGUGACUCCUGUCAUGUACAAGUAGUAAGAUCCAUUGCUAAUAUCAAAAUAUUGAUUAUAAUUGCUUUACGGAGAUCUAAAUCUGUAUUAGCAUGCUAGUGCUGGAUUGCCUGGUGUAUUAUGCUUUUAUGGUGUUUUUUGUUUGCUCAUGCCACAUCAUUUCCUCUCAGGCUUUACCCUGUUAAACUUUGUUUUUUUGGUUUUACAGUAGAGGGUGGACACAUUUAUUUAAAAAGAAAAAACAGAUGUGGACACCUUGUACUCACUUGAAGGCUGACAUUUGUGUUUAUAUUUUGAUGCCACCAGGCCUCUGUCCCAGUUUUCAAAACACCCCCUCGGUCCUCUAUAGUCCAGUGGACUGUGUCCAUGCCUAACUCCAUUCAUUUCACUACCUACACUGAUAAAAGAUGACUUUUUUCCCCCCCACUGGGCUUCAAUCACAUUACCUGUAGCCACUGAGGCUUAACCAAUGCAAUUUUUUCUGCUUUGAGAGCAACUCUGAAUCCCAAAUGCUUUAUGUAAAAACAUGCACCUGCUGGCCACACUGUGAAAACACACUCUAGGCAGCAAUAAAGUGACACAUUUUAAAGCAUGCCAGCCUGCACUUGUAACCCAGAAGGAGCGGUUGUGUGGAUAUUGGGCAGACCGAAAUUGUCAGUGGAGAAAAUGUGAAGCCUCCUUUUUACAAGCUGCCAUAAAGACCUGCACCUUUAAAAGGAAAAUACACCCUAAAAUUACAAUUCACAUUUAAUUUCUACUGUGUACAACUCAGUUUUUUACAUUAUAAAUUGGAUCCAGUCUUCACUUAAGAUCAUCAUAAAUGUCACCGGUCACAUCAUCAGUCUGAGGAGUGUUCUCAUUUCCAGCUUAGAGAGACCACACAUGUUGCUAUUAACUAGAUGUUGGUAUGGGAAGAGUGUGUUAUUUCUGUUUUAGGGUGGAUUUCUCCCAUAAACGCACUGAAACAACCCAUGCCUUCCUUCAUGCGCUCCCAACAUCACAAUACGAGAGAGGGAGGAGUGAGAGCUGUUUACAUUGUGAACCAGACCUCAGAUUUAUUACAGUCAUCCAGCUGCACCACCGGGAUAACAGCUGGCUCGCUUUAUACACACUUUUUUGUCCGUUAAAUCGUUCCAAAUUGACGCUUUUACGCACAGUCAUGAUUUCCACGCACAGGUGAACUUAUUUUUCCUCAACGCGCCUCGACCACAACUCCACAAGGAAAAGAAGAAAGUGUUUUGAGACUGAUAUAAAACCCAUUUGGUGUAUUGCAAACUGUCCAGAGAAGAUGUCCAGGAAGAAGGCAGUGAAAGGCAAAGGGAGCUCCAGGAGCCCCAAGGCGUCUCCGAGCAGCGGGAGGAUGGCCAAAGGUCUGGCCGCCGCCGCAGCUCCGUCCUCCGGGCUGGUUUAUCCCAGCAGACCGUCCAUCAGCAACAGCGGGGAGUUCUAUGACAUCGCCUUCAAGGUGAUGCUGGUGGGAGAUUCAGGCGUUGGGAAGACCUGUCUGCUGGUUCGCUUCAAAGACGGAGCCUUUCUAGCCGGGAGCUUCAUCUCCACUGUGGGCAUCGACUUCAGGAAUAAAGUAAUGAGCAUUGAUGCUGUGAAGGUCAAACUGCAGAUUUGGGACACUGCUGGACAGGAGCGUUUCCGGAGCGUCACUCAUGCUUACUACCGCGAUGCUAACGCUCUCCUCCUCCUCUAUGACGUCACCAACAAAGCAUCCUUCGACAACAUCCGGGCAUGGCUGACAGAGAUCCAUGAGUACGGCCAGCAGGACGUGGUCGUCAUGCUGCUGGGCAACAAGGUCGACUCCACACAUGACAGGAUGGUGAAGAGAGAGGAAGGAGAGAAACUGGCAAAGGAGUUUGGAGUGCCCUUCAUGGAGACGAGUGCUAAAUCUGGACUGAAUGUGGAGCUGGCCUUCACUGCAGUGGCCAAAGAACUGAAGCACAGGACCAUGAAGGAGCCCGACGAGCCAAAGUUUCAGCUGCAGGAGUACGUCGACAAAGAAAUGAGGACUGCUGGCUGCUGCCGCACGUAGACCUAUCCUAUGUGUGUGUAUACGUGUGUGUGUG